AUGCCUCCGGGACAACCGGGCACAGUACGCCACGAGAAUGCGAUCGAUGGUCCGAGGCGAUUAUUGGCAUUGCGCCGAAACGCUAAGUAUGGCUUGUGA